CCUCCCGGCUCUUCUUCGGCCCCCUUUCCCCGCCCGUCCCCGCCGCAUCUCCCCUGUCCAGCUGGGCGGGGACUGCUGUACGACUCUGUAAAGUCUGUGAGUCACUGCACAACCCAUCAAUCCAAUUAAAUGUCUCGAGCGAGCCGAGCAGGGGGUGCUGCCGCCGCCGCCGCCGCCGCUCGCCCCGCCGCGGCCGCCCCUGCUCGCAGCGCCCCUCUGAUCCAUGGCUGUCUGUCUGUACUUGUUACGGUGUAACCUCCUCCUCCUCCUCCUCCUCCUCCACCUCCUCCUCCUCCUCCCUCUCCUCAGGAGCCGCUGCAACUUCCCCUCUGCCAGCCUCCUCUGCUUGGGGACUGCAAAGGCAUGGGAUAGAUCCAGAGCCACUUCUCUCUAUCUCCCCUCCAGCCCUCGCUCAAUUUCCCCCCUUUAAAUUAAAGUCUGUUCCUCGCUCCUCGUCGUUUUAGAAAUUUGUCAGUCUAUUAUUUCCCCUGAUAUAUUUUCCCUCCCUGGGGUAAGGGGUCGCAGGAGCCGGUGGGUUUAUUUUAGGGAAGGGGCUCUCCACCCCCACCCCCGUUUCUCCUCCUUUUUCGGCCGUGACUUGAUUGCCCUGUUCCUCUCCGCUCCCACCCCUCGAACUCACCGUCCUGCACUCGAGUGACGCACCGACACCCCCCGCCCACUGCCCAGACGUCCCCUCCCUCGCUGCCACCCCGACCCACUCGGAGCUGGACCCGGUGCCGACUUCUUCGCAGAAGGUCAAGACAUCUGUGCAUGAAAAUCAGAUAGAGUCUUGAUACAUUUGGGAACUCUUUGACAGAAAGCACUGAUGACUUCACCAUGUGGACCUCAGUAUUGAGACCUUUUUGUUUGUUUCACUGUACAUACUGCUCACAAGGCCUGCUCUUGCAAACCUCUUUGAUAACGGAUAUGUUCCUGAUAGUUAAAUGCGGAUGACUGGCCUAAUUUCUUAAAUGUGAGAGCGAGAAGGAGAAACUCUAAACUCUAAAUCCUGAGGAUAUAUGUUGGGUAAAGGAGAAAAACGGAAGUUUGACGAGCAUGAAGAUGGGCUGGAAGGCAAAAUCCUGUCUCCCUCCGAUGGGCCAUCCAAGGUGUCUUACACCUUACAGCGCCAGACUAUCUUCAACAUUUCCCUUAUGAAACUCUAUAACCACAGGCCCCUCACCGAGCCCAGCUUGCAAAAGACCGUUCUGAUCAACAACAUGUUGCGGCGGAUCCAGGAGGAGCUCAAACAGGAAGGCAGCCUGAGGCCGGUGUUCGCCUCCGCCGCCGCCGCCGCCGCCGCCACCGCCUCUCCCCCGCCCGACUCCCUCAGCGACAGCUACCGGGAGGCGGCGCCGCCCGCCCUCAGCGCCCCCGCGCCCCCGCCUGCGCACGCCUGCGACCUCGGGAGCACUACUCCGCUGGACGCCUGCCUCACGCCCGCCUCGCUGCUCGAGGACGACGCCGACGACACGUUUUGCACUUCCCCGGCCGCGCCGCCCGCGGCUGCCGCCAGACUGUCGGCCCCAGCGCCCCCGCCGGAGAAGGACAGCUUCUCCUCCGCCCUGGACGAGAUCGAGGAGCUCUGUCCCACGUCUACCUCCCCCGGGGCCGCAGCCGCAGCGCCCGACAGCUCCCGAGGGGGCUCCGGCGCGCCGGGCGGCCCGAAACCCGAAGACCCGAAGCUGAUGGACUCUCUGCCCGGGAACUUCGAAAUCACGACGUCCACGGGGUUUCUGACAGACUUGACCCUGGACGACAUCCUGUUUGCCGACAUCGACACGUCCAUGUACGACUUCGACCCCUGCACGUCUGCCUCGGGGCCGGCCUCGAAGAUGGCCCCGGUGUCGGCCGACGACCUCCUCAAGACUCUGGCCCCUUACAGCAGUCAGCCGGUCGCCCCGAGUCAGCCUUUCAAAAUGGACCUCACGGAGCUGGACCACAUCAUGGAGGUGCUGGUCGGGUCCUAAGAGCCCCGGCCCGGCGCCCGCGCCGCCCAGACCCUGCGAGUGUUCCUGCACCCCACAGCUCUCCGCACUGUGCAUGCACCCUUGCUUGCCUUUUUCAGAGGAAAAGAUCGUUUUACAAAAGGAUCACACUAGUUUUUGCUUUGAGCAGAGUUGGAGUGCCUUCAUCCACGUCUGACCACUUUUAAUAUGCUUUUUUUUUUUUUUUUUUUUGAGUGGUCCUCGGAGACCUACUGCCCUGAAAUAGGAAAGAAUGCUUUUGAAGACAAUGUGGCUAUGCUGAAUGACAGAAAUAAACAGUUCAAGUGAAGCACAAGGAAUAAGUUGGAAAAGCUGUAAAUUGCAUGUGCAUAUUUGUCUAUUUUUUCUAUAAGUUUUAUUGCAAGAGGUAAAAAGAGAAAAUAUAUAUAUAUAUUAUUUAGAUAAUCUCAGUACCUUUUCUGGCAUUUUCGCCCUGUAUAGGUUGACUUGGCAAUUCAGCCUUUUUAGAGGCAUUAACUACUCCUCCUAAGUGUUGCAUUUACAUGGCUGUUUAGAAACUGCUGCCCAAAUUUAUUUUAUAUUUUUGUACAGAUUCUGCAGUUUAUGAUAUUGUUUUUCUAAAAACAAAUGCUGUUUAUACAUAUGAGAUAGCUAUUUUGAUAGGAUUUGCUCACAUAGUUCCUGCAAACUUCAGAUGUACAAGUUGCACUUGUACUUUUAUAGAGUUGUAAUGUUUUAUAUGUGUUUGGUGCAAAGAGAAAAUUGGGUCAAAUUAAUCCGCAGUUGAUGUCCCCAAAUGCAAACACACACACACACACUGCUUUCAGAAAGGGCCAGGCAAUAUCACACCCAAAUUUCACAGGCACCAACCCCCUGGCAUGAACACCCGCCAGCACUGUGACUUCCAAAGCCAGAGCCGCGUCUGCUCAUCAAACUUGCAUUAAGCAGUUGGCGGGAGAUGGCCACGGAGCUGGGGGGUUGAAGUGAUGGUUCUCUUUAGCUCCCUCUCUUGAGGGGAAGCCUACCGAAUACUCACUGUAUUUAUGCCAAGUUUGUGCUUUUAAUUGUUUUUAUUUUUUUAAACAAAACCCCAGAUCUUUCCCUUUUGGCGUAAUUUUUACGAUGACCUGGAAUUUUACAUGAGAACAAAAUUUUCUGAAAAUUAAUUAACCAACCUCUUUGUGGAACGAAACCCUAUUGCAGAUGCUUAGGGCUCGUAAGGAAGAAACUACCCCCAGAAGGCAUCCACCGUGUUGCUCAGUUGUCUUUUCCAGCUUCCCUUCCCUAGAGCUUUUGUUCCCUGUGUUGCUAAGUGCUGAAAAUGUCAUCUUCAUGAUCACCACAGCGAGCUCCGCUCACCUCUGCCCAGCCUGGGGAUGCUGUCUUGUAACAGCCGUGGCUCUAGAACCUGGAGUUGGUACCAUUGUGUCACAGCUUCCAAUCUGGUUGCUUCCUUGAAUCAACUGCUUUAACUACACUUUUACAAGGCUGUUUUACCCAAAUAACACAGACAGGACUUUCUAUGCAUGUUUCUCCUCCUUCCCCUUGCCUCCCUGCCACCCCCUCCCCCGCCCCCACCCGGAACACUUGAGAAGUCGCUCUUUAUUCCUAGUGGUGUACAUUUAAUUUUAAAACACUUGCAGUGUAUCAUGCUUGUUGCCGAAAUUGUUGAUGGCCUUUUCGUUUCAGUUUUUUUCUUUCUUCCAAUGGUACUUUAGCUGGUUACAACCUAUAUUGUUGAAAUGCAGAUGGCUUCUUUAGGAAUAACUUUUAUAUUUAUUUAAGAAUUUUUAAAUUAUGGGAUUUGUGUUGUUGUUGUUGUCUUUGUUGUUGGUCAUUUGUCAAUAUUCAGUCACCAGUUCUGCUCACUUCUUGCCAUGGAUAAAAAUUGAGUCCUUCUGGCCAAUUAAAAAAAGACAGCUUUACAAAAUGGCACUUUAAACAAGCCAUAGAUAGUUUUAUUUUUAUAAUGCACAUGGCAAAGCAAACACAUUUGUGAUGAAGGAACUGCUCGUCUAAGCAAACGAUUUCUGUAUGCUAUGAUUAAACUUUUCUGUAUUCGAAUUUACUUUUCCCCCACUUGAAUGUGUUUUUAAAGGCUAAUGGUCAACUCAGUAGAGCAGUGAGAAACAGAUCAAAUUGCACUUGUUCUCCUACGAGCAACCUCUGCCUGGACACCUCUUACUGCUGCAGACGCGUCAUCUCCUUUGAUAGGACCGGGGACCAUAGAGUUAAGGUGAGGGUUGUUGUAGACGCUUCCGGUGUCACUGUGCCUGUCCAUUUUAAGAGCUUCCUUUUCCUGUGGAGAACAAGUCAGCCCAGACGCCAUGCUUUCGAUAACGGGAGGACCCGGCGGGCUCGCCACAUGCCGCACACAUACACACACGUAUACAGACACAAUAGUGUUGAUUAUUCUGAACAAUAACAGGGGAAGGCGGUUGAUUUGCCAUUGUUAAAAACUGAUUUACAGUAACUUACAACAACUGUACUUUGGCUGGAUUAGCAAAUCGUGUGUUUAAACAAAUCCCAUAUGUUGGGCAACAGUUCAAAUAAGCACAGCAAAGUGUUGCCCAAACAUGGUUCUCUGACUCUCUCAUAUUUGUAAGGCUGGGCUUCAAAACCAAAACAGAAAACCCCCAACAACAGCGGGCAAAUGCUUUUUAACUCUGGACACCCUUGCCACAAAGGCUUGACAUUGGAGGUCUGCUGAGGAAGACAUGGGAAAUCGGUGGCCCGUUUCUAAAAGAACAAAACCGUCGAGUGUUCAAGUUAUCUUAGUCUUAUUUUCACAAGGCGGUGUCCCAGCGGGGAAGCACGCGGGCCUGGGUGUGAUCUCCAAGUCCCCGUCUUGAGUGUGGGAUGUGCUUCCAGAUGCCACGGGGCAGCAGCGCCUUCCCCCUUUCUAAAGGACAUCGCGUGGCAUUCAGAGUCAGGCAGGCGGUUGGAGGUGCUUUUACGGGAAAGACGUGCCGGGUGGGGCUGGGAGAGGAAAAUUAUUGACAGUGAUGUGCAAUGAAGUGACAAGAUGAGAGCAGAAUAAUAAGAGCUUUGAAUUUGAAGUGAUUUUUUUUUCAUAAGUUAUUUAUUCCUUUUUUUUUUCCAUGUAAAUAUAUUUAUUUUACUGUGGAGCUCUAACAACAUCUGGAUCGUAACAUGUGCAGAAUGUAUGGUAGGAAUGUAUUCUCUUGUAGGAAUGUCAAUCUGUAUUCAGAGGGGGUCUGAGCCAGACCCCUGGGUCUUCUCAUCGUGUAUGCUCAGCCCACAUUCAGUUUUCUCCUCUUCUCUCAUCUAGGUCUAUUUGAAAUAUGCAAAAGGUAUGGAUGAGGAAUGUUUCAAUACCUCCAAAUUUUUAAGAAAAUCAAGCAUCAAAGGGUUGAUAUUUUUAAAACUUUUUUUAGUAACACUUUCUCUUCCUGACAGAAGGGGCAAUCACACCGACACCCUCGUUCACACCAAAGGGUGGGAACUGGCCAGAGCCUCCACUGCACCUCGAGUGUCUUUAUCAAUUGAGCUUUUAUUGCCAUAUCCCCGUGGAAUAUCCCAACUGCCCUGAGGUCAAUCAAGGAAAAUUUCUUGAAUACAUAAGCUCCAAAGAGCCAAAGUAUCAUCUUACAGAUCGUUUUUAAAGCUUAAAUUUAUCAGCACCUUUGUGGUAAACAAUGAAUUAUGAAUACUGCAGGGCAGCCUUCUUAAAUGACAGAUGUAAAAAAAAAAAAAAAAAAAAAAAAAGACUCUGUGCAGCGAUUGUUACCCGCUAUAUGAAUUGUCUUAGUUUCAAAACCUUGCUGUUACAAAUUGGACCUUUCUCCAUUUUCUGAGAAUAUUGAAAAGAGCAUAUUUAACUUGUUCUGGCUGCAAAUGGUUAACUUCCUGCGACUGCCGAAGGCAGCGAGGUGUGUGCGUCCUGCUUGUGUACAGUUGUUCUCAGUGCUUCUUAAGGGUGAGUCUAAAUGGUUCUUGAAAAUUAGCCAGGAUCAAAUGCUAUUGCAGACAAAGCCAAUAAAAAUGUUGGAUGUCUUUUGGGGAUACCAAGUUUGGAAGAGAAGUGCAGUCCAUACAAGCAAACAAGCUUUUGGAAAAGAUGUACAUAGUGACAUGUUUGGUGCAUGGUUUUUGAGGAAGGCUUUUGUCAAAAAGGAGGUGUAACCUUUCCCCCACAGACCUGAGAGCUGUGCCUUUUCUAUGCAAUAUUACAGACGUUACAUCGGAACCCAGAUAGCUGUAUUCACGUGUAGGUUUGGGCUGUAAUCUAAACAAUUGGACAGAUUAAAUGUACAUGGAAAUGAGCAGUCUUACUUUUGUAGUUUUAUAUUAUACAAUAAACAGUUAAAAGAUGA